CCUGAAUUGUUUUUUUUUGCUUCUGUCAAUUUCUGAAAUGAACUUGCUUUAUUUUUUCCAUUACCAUUAUCGUCUUACGUUGCCCUGAUACUGAAGGAUUACCUGUACAAUAUAUUCGUUUUCAUAGUUAAAACGAAAAAAAAAAAAACAGUUUGGGUUUAAAAGUAUCACUGCUUCAAAUUGUCAUUAUAUAAUUAUUCUCAUGUUUGUAUCACACAUUGCACGUCUUUAUCCAGUAACUUGUUUGCAAGAGAAACGUAUACUGUGUGAGAUUUACAAUAGAUCACAGUGGUUUUUAUAAUUUUGAAAAAUUAUUACACGUGUCUUUCUUAAAGACGGCGAAAACCCAAUGUAAUAACGUAAUAUUGCUGUAUUAUGUAUCUUCUCAUAAAAUAUGGCAAUUCACAGAAAAUUGAGUUAGACCAAAAAACUACUUAAAUUUACUUAAUAUUUAUAAAAAAUAAAACUAUUGUGGUAUACACACAUGGCACAUAAGCACUCUGUACUCUGAAUGGGUUUAUAUUCGUGUAAUCAGACUUUCCAUUACUGCAAACAGCAUACUUGAUCUACAUUCAUAUUUUGGGUGGUUUACUUGCAAAGCACGGUGGAUGUCUCCUAACCUCAGCAUCUACAGCUGCUUCGUCUGCUUUGUAUGAAAAACGCUUCUAGACUCAUUUAUAAGUCUGUGGCUGUAAAUAGGCCAGUCUGGGGCUUUCAGCAGUGCAACAAAAAAGUAAUCUGUGUAGCUGGGUGAAUAUAUAACACCAAGAAAUAAAAGGAUAAACACACUAAAUGUAAAACAUUUUUGUCCACUUUCUUCCAUUCUAUAAGUCGAAAUUAGGCGCAUCAGCUUUGUAAUGCAGCCAGGCUGCUGUUUAAAACGGCAGGAAAGUGAAACGCUAGAAUGACGAUUAGUUAUAUAAUUUUGUGUCGAGGUUUCUCUGUUAUAUUCCAACUCUAUCUAUAGAAAGUGGAUCUUCUGUAAUAUGAGUCGCUUUGGACGCUUUGAACUUAACUCGUAUAAAAAUAAGUUCUGCGUAUUCUACAUUCCUCUUGAACGUUUUUGGAGAUUGAACCUAUUGACCCAUUCGUUUUCGCAAUCUUAUUGUCUGAUUUCUUUAAUAAAGAAUCCUUUCUUUAUUAAUUACAUUUAUAAAAUUUGAACAAAGGAGCACAAAACUCUCAUCCAUUACGUUUUCAUAUGAAGAUGAGCCUAUAUGAAGUGUUUUAGGCGAACCCUACAAUAGAUAUAAACGAUGGAGCUCGUGCGCCUGUUUUCUCCCGUGUACACACCAGGCGGCCCCGCCUCUUUCCAUCACUCAAAAUUUCACAGGUGGCGAUUGGCCCGGCGCGACCACGUGAUCGCACCUCCCUGCCCGCCUGCAGUUUCCAGGGCAGCCAGGAGCUGCGUCAUCCGGGCGCCGCCGUUUCUGCUCCGAACCGAGCCUUGUCUUCGGUUCGUGGCAAUAAAAACAAACAACAGACGCAAAACAAGUAUCGGUGUAGCGACAUGGGAGACAAGAAGAGCCCGACAAGGCCGAAGCGGCAGUCCAAGCCUUCCUCUGACGACGGAUACUGGGACUGUAGCGUUUGUACGUUUAAGAACAGCGCAGAGGCUUUCAAGUGCAUGAUGUGCGAUGUGAGGAAGGGGACGUCGACACGGAAGCCCCGCCCAGUCUCCCAGUUGGUCUCCCAGCAAGUGACACAGCAGUUUGCAUCUCCGACCCAGCCAAAGAAGGAGAAGAAAGACAAGACGGAUAAAGAGAAGGGCGAAAGGGAGGCAGCAUUCAGAAAGAGCAGCCAUAGGAGGAUGAGGCCCAGGUUGAAGAAUGUGGACCGGAGCAGUGCUCAGCACCUGGAGGUCACCGUUGGAGACCUUACCGUCAUCAUCACAGACUUCAAGGAGAAGAGCAAACCCACGCCAGCUCCGGGUGAGCACCACGGUCAGAGCGGCUCUGGAUCUGACGGCGCCGAAAGGGGGACAUCGCGGUCGUCCUCGCCCCGAGGGGAGGGCUCCUCACUCAACGGAGAGCCCCACUAAGCCCGCCCUCCCCCCCCACAUUGCUGCUUCAGUCAUUUCUCAUAAAGUCUCUCAUAACAGACACCUCAUCUCUCCAACCCGCAGCCUCUGGCGCAAGGAUGGCAUUUUGGAAGUCUUCCAGAAUGUUCCCUGGGGGUCGACUGCUUGUCUCCAGUGACAUUUGUUACCCGUUAAGAUCACUGUCAGAAAACUGGAAAAACAGCACUGAACUUCCUUGUAGGAUGGUUUUAAAUGUUCCGGGCUGCGUUAAUGUGGUAGUAUUGUACAUUAAAUCAGUGUUAUACUGACAAUAUACACUUAAUCAUACUCUUCUAUCACCUUUUAGAUGGACCUGGGACUGCUGUGGCCUCAAAUCAAACCUUAUUUUAAAAGUAUAUUUCAGAUUGCUGGAUUUGCAUUAUGGGAAAGAUGGAGCCUCUGGGGACAUUUGAUGAAAUUUGACGGUCAACAGUGGGUUUGCAGAAUCCUUCUGUGCCUGUCUGUCACACGGUGCGAACUCGAAAAAAUGCACGUCCUGCCAGCGACUAGGAGCCAGUCACUACAGAUCACGGUCCUCUUACAUUUCCGAUCAUAUCAGGCCGCACAGAUAUGUGCAGAAUCAUCCCAGCUACUUACUGUGGGAGGAAAAUGUUCGUAAGUGAAAGAAUGAAAUAGUUCAAACUUUAAGGCCGAUAUCGUGUUUUAUACAGGCUGCCGUGUUCCCAUUCACUUUGGUUUAUAUUUUACGGUUCUCACAAAAUAAAAAGGAGAUGAUGGACUCUAUAAAAAUGCAUGAUAAAUGUGUGCCUACGUUUGUGAGUCUCGCUGGGGUUUCCGGCUGUUCAGCCUGGUGCUGAAGGUCAGGCCUGGAGGAAGACGAUGAGGGUGGUGAUGAAGGUGAGACCGGUGUAAAUACGCAGCGACCCUGUGCUCGUGCCUUUGCACACGUGAGCAGAACGUGCGAGUCCGCACGACCACAGUGAACGGCAGCGCAGGCGCCCCCUCACUGCGGGUGGCGCUGUUUUUCGUGGUUUUCGGGGGGCUGUGAAAUCACCUCAGUUAUCUCUGACAGAUGCAGCUCUCCUCGCUUCAUUUUCACUCGUUUUCAUUUACCUGCGAUUUUCUUCCUCAGCAUGCAGCAGCUGCAAUAAAAAUACCUUGCUGGCCUUUCACUUUAGAUCCUGCCUGAUUCUGUAUUGCAGCAAGUGUAGAUGUGUGUGUUUUGAGGUAAUUGUUAUGGGGCAGGGCAGGGCUUGCUAUGAAUGAUUAAAGAUUCAGGGAUGAAGGGCUGUAGACAGACUGAACCAUUUAUGAUCCUUGGCCUAUUUAAAGGAUAAUGAAGGUAACGGUGCACUCAGUGAUGAUUAUAGGGAUCACUCUCUCGCACAAAAGACUACAAACUAAGAUCUAAUCCUGGUUUUGCGUGCGGAGUGACGACAUUUCACACAGGCUGUCGUUGACCAUGCCAGUAGAAAGCCAGAAGAUCUGCAGCACUUAAGUGUUCGGUAAAAUGCUGCGUGAGAGGUGAUGACCAGAGAGGGCAUCUGUAAAGCAGCACAGACACCUCACACCCAGCCCAGGCAGCUGCAGGGAAGCCGGCACAGUGCAGUGACAAGUGGCAACAGUCGCCUAGCACUCCGGGGGGGUGACACUGGCCAAGCCAUCCCUGAGGUCUGAGCAGGUCACAUGGGCUGCCCCCCACAAAGACACAUGUUUCACUCAGGUCCAUACCAGGCAUCCUUCCUUUCAGAUUAAUAUCUGAAAAUCACAUGUAAGUGUAACAACCGUGCAUUGCAGGCAAUAAAUAGUAUCAUCAAUUGAUUAUUUCACUCACUGGUAUUAUUUCUGUCUUUGGUUAUCUGAGGAUUUCUGAUUUUCUUAUUUGAUAGUUUGUUGACUAGAUAAAUGUGUAUUAAUCGGCCUACUUGGUUCUGCUCAUUAAACUCAGAGAUGUUUGAUUAAAAA